AUGGUCCGAGUGAGAACGGUCGUCGGUUCUUGCUGGUCCUGCAAGAAGCGUCGCAUUCGAUGUGAUCUGGGCAAACCGGGCUGCGUGCGGUGCUCCCUGAUUGGCGCGUCCUGCGACUAUGGCGAGAAAUGCAUCAGAUGGAACUCCAAGGCGGCCACCUCAAUACCUGCUGUCUACCAAGCCAACGACAUGGGCAGUUACCAUGCGACCUCUUUGGCGGUAAACGAGAAGCGUGCUCUGGAAUAUUUCCACGGUCGCCUGUGGCCCUUAUUUACUACUGCCUCCGAGCCCUGCUCCCCACCAAUCGUAAUGGCCCUCCAGCAUCGUGUGCUGCUACUUGCAAUCUGUGUCAUCUCAGACGGCCAUCGGAUUCUUCAAGACGGCAGAAAUGAUCGUCGUAUGCUUAAAUCGAAGCAUCUUGAAUGCCUUGCCGCGGUUCGAGGCGAGCUGGACACUCACUGCCAAAGUGGUGACAGAUUACCGGUGUCUCUUCUGCUUGCCGUGCUCUUUUUGUAUUUUCACGGCGGCUACAUGGACUGCACGCUGGACAUGGCCUCAACGGCAAGUCACCAUGCCGGGGUCAGAGCCAUCAUCGCAGGCCUCGGCGGCAUAGAGGCUAUCCUGGACGAAUGCCCUGAGCCGCUUCAUAUGCUUCUCUCAGAGUUUGCAUCUGCGGACCUCACCACCACUAUGAUCAAAGGCGGUUCUCCUGCGUAUGGUCCAGCCUUUUGGCUCGCUGUUGAUAAGCGUUGUGUAUGGUGGAGUCGGGACCCUUUGGGCCGCUCCUCUCUCGCAUCCGUAUUCAGCGGCAUAUCGCGCAUGAUUGCAUACCAGGUCGGGCUUCUUAAUAAGGGAGAAGGCCCUGACACUGACCGGAUCUUAGAGUUUGAAGCACUCUUUGACCCGGUCUAUAUUCCAGUGACAUCGGGAGGUUUGGGCAAUCACGAAGGUGGAAGCAAAACCGCUACGAAGAACAGCCUUGAAAUAUUCAAUGCCUUCAGCCUUAUCCGCGCGUUUCAGCUGGCGGCGCUUAUCUAUCUCCGAAGGGCCGUCUGUGGCCUACCUACCUUGCAUCCUCUUGUUCAACAGCAUGUUCUUCCCUGUCUGGAUUGCAUUCUUGACAUGGUCCAGCCCACAAUGGUAUUCAACUGCGUCAUAUUUCCACUACUAAUUACUGGUGCCCACGUUCAGUCGCUUGGCUAUCGACGCAAAGUGAGAAAUCUAGUGAGUGCAAUUCACCGUGAUAUGAAGUUCUGCUCCGUUCAAUCUGCUGGUGUGUUUCUGGACAGACUUUGGGCCAGUCGACCCGAGGUUUUGUCAUGGUAUCAGAUGUUUGCAGGGCUGAACCUUGAUGCAGUCAUACUAUAA